UUAAAGUAUAUUGUUAAUCAAAUUAAAAACCUUAUCAAUUAUCACCAACAUUUAUCGACAACUUAAAAUGAAAAUUAUUACGUGAUCAUUACGAAUUUGAAGUGAUCGGAAGAAACUUUUCUCAAAAGAUUGAAGAUUUUUAUUUCAAGUUAUCCUUCUGUUAAAUCGGGAAAAUGAAGUCUGUUUAAUUAUUAACGUGGAAAGCUGUUGACAAAGAAAUUUCAAUUUGGGAAACGUAAAAAUUUAAUUCGAUAGAAACAUCGAUAAAACAGCUCUAAUGUUAUUCAAACCACAAAUAUUGAAUUACUACUACAAUGAAAUUGCUCCUAGUGAUCUGCGUUUGCACCUUGGCUCAUUGCCAACCUUGCGUAAAAAUAACAGAAGGUGAAUUAUGCGGAACAACGUACACUUUGCCGAAUAAUCGACAAGUAUUCGUAUAUUAUGGGAUACCUUUUGCUGCUCCACCUAUUGGAGAAAACAGAUUUAAAAAUCCUCAGCCAGUAGUAGGUUGGAAUGGAGUUAGAAAUGCUACAGUGCGAGGGCCAGAAUGUGUUCAAUUUAUACGCAAAUCAGAAGAGACUCCAGUGAAAGGUGAUGAAGACUGUCUUUAUUUGAACGUUUUCACUCCUAAGAUAUUAGCAGCCAAUUCAUCAGAACUGAUGAACGUGUUAGUUUACAUACACGGUGGAGCAUUCAUGUACGGAAGUGGUAAAAACAUGAAUCCUGAUUACAUUAUGCAAAACGACGAUAUCGUAUUUGUCAGCAUUAAUUAUCGACUCGGACCUCUAGGAUUUCUCAGCACUAGUGAUUUAAUUGUGCCUGGAAACAAUGGACUGAAAGAUCAAGUCGUUGCUCUCGAGUGGAUCCACAAAAAUAUCCGGAAUUUCGGAGGUGAUCCUAAAAGCGUCACUAUUUAUGGAGUAUCUGCGGGAGCUGCCUGCGUGCAUUAUCAUAUGAUUACUCGUAUUUUCUAUAAUGAAAUGCUGUUUCGCUCGCACCAUCCGAUUAACAGGACGAUGGCAAAUCCAGAUCUUUUUCAAAAAGCAAUAUCUGCCAGUGGCGCAGCUGGUUUUCCUUGGUCCUUACGUCCUUACACGUGGUCAAAAUCAUUGGAAUUGGCCGAAAUACUCAAAUGUGAAAACGGAGAUUCAUCAUACAUUUUGAACUGUUUAAGAAACAAAACUAUCGAGGAAAUAUAUCGAGCCACAUGUAUUUUAUUGGAGGGAAAACAUGAUACCGAUAUACCAUUCGGUCCUGUCCUUGAACCUUUUCACCAUAAUUCGUUCUUAAGUCAUAAUCCAAUUUAUGAAUUGGAAGAUAGUCAUGUAAACGAUAUACCUUGGAUGAUUAGUGUAGUCGAUAGAGAAGGCACAGUUCCUGGAAUCGCGAUCGUUUCCAAUUCAACCUUUUUCAACAGUCUGGAUGAAAAAUGGGAUGAAUUAGCACCCGACAUGUUUCUGUAUAAUAACAACAGCCUAUUGGAAAAACCAGGAAGUGAAAUCGGUUCUUUGAUAAAGAAACAUUAUUUUGGAGACAGGAAAAUAUCUAAUGACACUAUUGACGAAUUAUUCCGGGCAUUAGGGGACCGGUUAUUCUACCAUCCUGUAACAAAGGUCACCAAAUUACACAAUUCUGUGGUAAAAAAUAAUGUCUAUUGCUACCGAUUCAAGUACAGAGGAUCUGAAAGUUUCUCUGAUUAUCAUCCCGGUAAAGAAAAUUACGGUGUUUGUCAUUGUGACGAUCAAUUUUAUAUCGUGAGUUGGAACGGUAGAAGAAAAAAUCAACUCGAUGACCAAAUGGCUAAAUUUUUAUCAUCCAGUAUUAUCGCUUUCAUGAAAACAGGAAAUCCUAGUACUCCAUUAGUGAAUUGGGAACCUGUUUCUAAGGAUGAUGAAAUGCGUUGUUUGAAUAUCUACUCGCCCACGGACCAAAAAAUGGAAAAUUUUGAGAAUAAAACCAUGUUACAAUUUUGGGAAAAUAUUUUAAGAAAAAAGGCUGGAAACCGUGGGCCCAUUAAUUUUUAAGUAUUUAAUUAAGUAUCAGCAAUUCAGCAUUGUACAGUAGGUUAUAAUUUUAUAUAAAUUUUUCUAUCAAGUGUAGACUUAUAAAGUAUAUAAAGCAAAAAUGUAUCAAAAUAA